AUGAAGUUCGACGUGAACGCGCUGCGGUACCUGUCCAAAGACGAGUUUCGCGUGCUCACCGCCGUCGAAAUGGGCAUGCGCAACCACGAGAUCGUCCCGUCGGAGCUCGUCGAGCGAAUCGCCAGCCUCAAGCGGGGCGGAGCGUACAAGGCGCUAAGCACGCUGCUGAGGCACAAGCUCGUGCACCACGACUCCACCAAGUACGACGGGUACCGGCUGACGAAUCUGGGGUACGACUUUUUGGCCAUCAAGGCACUCGUCAACCGCGGCACCGUUGCUGGUGUGGGGCCGCAGAUCGGCGUCGGCAAGGAGUCCGACAUAUACGAGGUGGAGGGGCCGGAGGGCGAGGUACUGGUGAUGAAGCUGCACCGCUUGGGGCGCACGUCGUUCCGCAACGUCAAGGCCAAGCGCGACUACCUGCGCCACCGCCGCGCGCACAACUGGCUCUACCUCUCUCGCCUCGCUGCUCUCAAGGAGUUCGCCUUUCUCAAGGCGUUGGGGGAGAGGGGUUUCCCCGUGCCGGGUGCAGUGGACUGCAACCGCCACUGCGUCAUCAUGACCCUCGUCAAGGCCUUUCCACUAGUGCAGGUGCGCGAGCUGCAGCGGCCGCAGGUGGUGUUCGACCAGGUGCUCUCCCUCAUCAUCCGCCUGGCGGCGGUGGGGCUCAUCCACUGUGACUUUAACGAGUUCAACCUGCUUGUGGAUGAGGAGGAGAGGAUAACAAUGAUCGACUUCCCUCAGAUGGUCUCCAUCUCCCACCGUAACGCCAAGAUGUACUUUGAGCGCGACGUGGAGUGCAUCUUCAAGUUCUUUGGCCGCCGCUUCAACUUCGCCCCCAGGAGACCUCAAGACCCAGCCUUGGAAGUCGCUCUAGCACUGUCAGGAGGACAGAGAGGCAACAAGGAAGAGAGAGAAAAUGGUGCAAGGGAAAAUCAGGAUGCGGACAAGGCAAAGAAAGCGGAGGAGAAAGAGGAGAAAAAGGAGAACGAGGAAGAGGAAGAGGAGGAAGAGGAGGAGGACGACGACGAGGAGGGUACAUGGAGACCUUCCUUUUCAGCCAUCAAGUCACUGGUGGAGCGAGCAAGAGAGAGAGCAGAAGAUGGGGCAGACGAGGAGGGUGAAAGGGAGGAGGAGGGGUGUGUGAGAGAGGAGGGAGCUGAUUGGGACGAAAGCAAUGGGGUGAAGGAGGGGAUUAGUGCGAAUGCCGGGGCUGCUGAAAAAGGGGAAGAAGAAGCAGCAGGGGAGAGAGAAGGGGCAGCAGAGGGCGAAUGGGAGGCGUGCAGAGCGGUGAUUCAGGCACUCAUGCUCGCUGCUGGACCCUCAGACAGUGCUGCUGGUGGUGCUGGUGGUGGUGGUGAUUCAGAGACGGGGAGCAGGAAGGAAGAAGUGGCAGGGAGGAAGGCGGAGAGGAGAGGGGGUGGGAGGAGGGGAGGGCGGAGAGAGGUGGUGGGGGUGGUGACAGGGACGGGGCCUCUGGACAGACAGCUGGCAGCCAGUGGGUUCAGCAUGCAGAACGAGGCUGAGCUGGAGCAGGUGAGUGCUGAGGUGGAGCAGGUGAGUUCUGAGUUGCAACAGGUUGGUGCUGAGCUGGAGCACAUGAGUGCAGUAGGGGGUGGGGAAGAGGUGGCCUUUGCAUCCCUCAACCCUCCCCUCUUCCUGCAUCCGUCCCCUUCCUCCCUCUCUCGUGUAUGUCCCCUUCAGUACAUGGAAGAGUCACAGUGGAGGGAGACGAGCCACUUGGAAGGCAGAGAGAAUGGUGCGGGGGAGGAGCGAGACGAGGAGGAAGAGGAGGAGGAGGAGGAGGAUGAGGGUGAGGAUGAGGAGGAGGAAGAGGAUAUCAGUGGAGACAAGGAGGGUGAGACUGCUGAUGAGGGUGCAGAGGAGGAGGAUGAAAGUGAUGGUGACGAGGAGGAUGGGGAGGAGGGCAUGGAAAAACUCACACAUCCAGCCACACAUGUUGGAGGGGGGAACGGGGUGAGCAGGAGGGUGAGUGCGCGUGCAGAGCAGAAGCAGCAGAAGCAGCUGGAGAGGCAGCGGCAGCAGGCAGCACAGGCGGUGCGAGGGGGAGGGGUGAGGCGUGCAUCUCGCAACGCCAGCAAGGACAAGGGAGGGAGGAGAUCGCGCCACGUGUCCAGCCGAGCGGGGAUCGAUUGA